CCGUCAUUAGUGGUGGUAGUACGGACGCAAAGGAUGUCACCGUCGACUGACGCAGCCAUUGGAGCCAUUCGGUGCUGAGGUGGUGUUGUACCUCCAAGCUUUUGCUCGCCCCCAGCCAGGUCACGGCACCACCUGAACAUAUCGAUUCGCCUUCUUUUGGUCAUCAUUCCCUCGCCAUCAUGUCCGAGACGUACAGAUCGCCAGACAACAGCCGCAAAUUGGAUCAAAGUUGGAUCUUGAUCGACGACGAUCAGCAACAGAUCAAGGCGGCCUCGACGGAGCAUCGUCACUCGUUGUCGUCCAAGGAUGCAUAUAUGGCCGUCAGUCAACCUCUCGAUGUCGCCGUCUGCCACAAAGAUGUGCAGCGCCGUGCCAACAGACAUCGAUCCAUCUCGUCACCCGUCGCCCUGGUAGGCCUCGAGCCAGAAUCUCGCUGGUCCAUUUCGACGUCGAGCUCAGACUCAAAGGCAAAGAGGAGUGCCACCCAACACAGCGGAACAGUCGGCAUCGAUGAGCCGCUCCAGGGCGAUGUUGCGAGUGAUGCACCAUCAACGGCAGUACUUCACUGCAUCGCUCUCAACGACGAGCCUAGCUCAUCGACGGCACUGUCUAGUUCCCUCGCUUCAUAUGUGCAUCUCUCAGUACCGCCAGGAAGAGCGCUCCAAGGCAGCAAUCCUCCCUCGCCCACUCCAGUACAGACCGCUUCUCCCUGCACGACGCCCGAUCAGUCUAUCAGCGCUUCUUCGCAUUCGUCUCACAGUCUACUACCUGCUUCUAUCUCGGACGAGAGUCAACCCAACCCGCCUCGCGCUGAAGCGGCUCGUGCUCAAGUGCAAGAUCGAGCUCGCAGGCUCAAGCAGAGUACCAGCGCAAGCUAUCGUCAGCGAAUGGCUAGCGGCUCGUCGAAGGCAUCACGAGGUGCUACGGCCAGCAUGAAAGAGAUGGAGGAGAUUCUCAGUGGGCCAUGGAUGUCAGACUCGAGCGACGAGGAUGACCAUCGCUCGCGACAGUUGGAAGCCUCGUCAUCGAAUUGCAGUCACAACAAUGGCAAUGCGCUUCCAUCCGCUGCUAAGCUCAAGGACCGCACCUUCUUUAUGCAGGGCAUCGCCAUAGGUGGCAGCGGCGCUCUACAGAAGGCCAACAAGAGGCCAACCAACAUUGCCUACCUGCAUCGUCAUCACCGCUGGCCGUCCACCAGCAGCAGCGCUGGGAGCAAUUCCUUGUCCGCUAGCAUGUCUCAGGCAUCACUCUCAUCAUCUUCUCAAGCCGCAGUGGGACAUCGAAGCCAUGCACGCAAUGGCUCAACAUCGUCCUCACCAUUGUCACCGAGGGCACACAGCGCUGGACGUACAGUGAGCACGGAGCGAACAUGGCUUCCGUCAUCGCCUUCGCCUAGCUACUCGUCGUCCCUGACUGGCGCCGCCGCUCUCGGCUCAACCCUAGCAACGUCUGUCAUCCCGGUCCCAGGGUCGACGCAGCUCUUACGGUACAGAGAAGAAUCGUGCACCGCUAGUCUGAGCCAGCCGAAGUCCUCUCUCACAUCAUCCAGGCUUCAGCAUGCCAGCAGUCACCCCACGCUUUCCGAGGCAGGAGGCGAGCGAGCAGGGGUCUCUAUCAAGGAGCAAGCUCAAGCUGAGAACGGCAGCGAAGGGGGAACUCACGUCCUGCAGUCAAUCGCAGCAGGCCUGUCGAAAAGGCUGCGGAGAUGGAAGAGGGGCAACGAGGGAAAGGAGGUGAGAAAAGGUCGUCUGCUCGCAGUCAAGAGGACUUCAACAGAUGGCAGCAGGCUUCGGACGGCAGCGCCAAUGAUCAUCACAGAAAGCCUCACAACGGUAGAAGAUGCAUCGCCGGCUGCAUCGACUACGCCAACGGGUCCUCGCCUGAACUCUCCUCCUCACAGACUCUUUGGACCACAGCCCUUCUCCAACCGAUCGAUGCCAACGCUCUCUUUUAUGGGAACAACGUCGCUAGAUGACGUAACUCCAUCACCGACGGUGUCCUCUCGAGCCGACCGGCCGGCGUCCCCGCUAGGGUUGACCCGAGAUCUUCAGCUCGAGGACAGAGGAGCAGGCUUUUGGCGGCCACGACGGCCUACGCUGAGGAGGAAGGAGGAUCAUCAUCUGGCCUGUUGAACAGGUACACCCACGGUCAUUGUCCUCCAUCGUUCUGGUGUGCCUGCGCAUACGUGCUCAUCUAUAUGCGUCACUGUCAAUUGAAGCU